UUCUACUUUUUAUUAAUGGAUAAUUUUCUGGCUAAUUUAUCCAGAAGAGCUAUUUUUCUGGGACAGCUCGACGCUGCGACGCCUCCGAAAUCGCCCACCGUCUCCUCGGCGUCGGACCCCCCGAAGAUGGAUUCUCCCUUCCCCUUCUCCUCUCUCCUCCAUGCCCUCACCCUCUCCCUCACCCUAGCGAUCGCCUCCGCCACCACCGUCCACGACAUCCUCCCCAAGUACGGCCUCCCGAGUGGUCUCCUCCCCGACAACGUCAAGUCCUACUCCCUCUCCUCUGACGGCCGCUUCGUCGUCGACUUGGACGGCCCCUGCUACAUCCAGUUCGAUUAUCUUGUCUACUACGACAAGAAGAUCUCUGGGAAGCUCAGCUACGGCUCGAUUACCGACCUGAAGGGGAUUCAGGUCCAGAGAUUCCUGCUCUGGCUCAGCGUCGACGAGAUCAGGGUCGAUCUGCCCCCCGCCGACUGCAUCUACUUCCAGGUCGGUCUGAUCAACAAGAAGCUCGACGUCGAUCAGUUCGAGACCGUCCGGUCUUGCCGGGACAAGAAGAAGCUCUCCGGCAACUGCGGUGGUUCUUGGACUAGGGUUUUUGAGCUUGCAGGUCCAGCUCAAGAAGUUCCAAUGUUAAUCACAGAGUAGCGGCCUCAAUUGGUCCCGCAAUGGGUGCAAGGAGAUGCUGCUUAAUUUAAUUAGCCAUCCCCCGCCUUAUCGGACUCUGCUCUCAAGAAGAGAGUAGAAUGUAGCUAGGACAUAUGCAAAACUAGAACGGGAACUGCCUAUAUAUGAACAAUCUAUUUCGCGAACUGUAUAGAUUAUGGAAGUGUGUACCUUUACAAACAGUGUCGAGUGUAUCAUCUAUCUUUAAUUUCGCGUAUCUUGCUGCCAUAUUUAUCAUUAAGCGUGGUGGUCAUUUUGCA